GCUCACUAAAACUUUCACUUCCCACUCGGAUCAGUACACACCAAAACUAUCUCAUCCUACUCCAACCAAUUGCUACCACUUAUCCGCCGACUAGUCAUGCCUCUCCGCUUGGAUACCAAGAGAAAGCUGCUUGCACGUUCUGACCGAGUCAAGUCGGUGGAUAUUCAUCCUGUAGAACCUUGGAUAUGUGCCGCGUUGUAUAAUGGCAAUGUGCAUGUAUGGAACAUCGACACCCAACAGCUCAUCAAGACUUUUGAAGUGUGCCAAAGUCCUGUGCGGGCCGUCAAGUUCGUGGCACGAAAGAACUGGAUUCUAACUGGUUCCGACGACUUACAGCUUCGCGUCUUUAACUACAACACAUUGGAGCGCGUUCAGCAAAUUGAAGCUCAUGCGGAUUACAUUCGAUCAAUAGUUGUUCACCCCACUCUACCCUUUGUCUUGACGUCGUCGGAUGAUAUGCUCAUCCGCCUGUGGGACUGGGAGAAAAAUUGGACAUGUGCCCAAGUGUUCGAGGGUCACAAUCAUUAUGUAAUGCAAUUGGUGUUUAAUCCUAAGGACAACAACACUUUCGCUAGUGCCUCCUUGGAUCAUACCGUCAAAGUGUGGAGUUUGGGCUCAUCCAGCCCAAAUUUUACAUUGGAGGGUCACGAACGCGCUGUUAACUGCGUGGACUACUACAUAUUUGGAGACAAACCCUACUUGGCUAGUGGCGCUGAUGACAAAACAAUCAAAAUCUGGGAUUAUCAGACAAAGGCCUGUGUUCAGACCUUGGAAGGACAUGCUCAAAAUGUGAGCGCAGUCGUCUUCCAUCCGGAACUUCCUAUUAUUCUUAGUGGUUCCGAGGAUGGUACUGUCCGCGUGUGGCAUUCAAGUACUUUUCGCCUGGAAUCCACUCUCAACUAUGGGCUGGAACGUGUUUGGGCUAUGGUUUGCCAUCGUGGAAAGCAGACUGUUGGGAUCGGAUAUGACGAGGGCACAGUUGUGAUAUCUCUUGGGCGGGAUGAACCCGCAAUGUCAAUGGAUGGCUCGGGUAAACUGGUUUGCGCACGACAUGCAGAGUUAAUUCAAGCAAACCUACGUUCAGUUACGUUUGGUAACGAUGGGUUGGAUAUUUUACAUGAUGGCGAGCGUUUACCGGUUAGCUUCAAGGACAUGGGGACUAGUGAAAUUUAUCCCCAAACGAUCGAGCACAAUGCCAACGGGCGUUUCGUGGUAGUGUGUGGAGAUGGUGAGUACAUCGUAUAUACGGCAAUGGCUCUUCGGAAUAAAACCUUCGGCCAGGCGCAAGAGUUCGUGUGGUCCCAGUCGGAUGCUAGCAUGUAUGCCGUACGCGAAAGCAACACUAUCAUUAAGGUGUACAGGCAAUUCAAGGAACUUCGAACGUUUAAGCUUGACUACGGCGCUGAACAAAUAUUCGGUGGACAUCUUCUUGGUGUCCGCUCUUUGGGCGGAUUAUCACUCUACGAAUGGGUUACUGGCCGCUUGGUUCGGCGCAUUGAUAUUUGCCCACGUGCCGUAUAUUGGAACGAGGCCGGUCAGCUGGUCGCUUUAUGCGCAUCGGACGCUUUCUACGUUGUACGUUACUCAGUUGAAAUGGUGCCCGAGACCGAGCCGUCUCCUGGGUCGAUCGAAGAGAGUGAUGGUUUCGAGCAGGCUUUUCAGGUUUGUUUACCUUUACCGGCUUUGAUUAUUCCUUGCUUAUGUAAAAUGACCUUCCGGCUGACAGCAACGUCAGUUUGA